UGGCUCAGGUCCGAAGCCAUGGUGAGGGAGGCGAAAGUGCCACUGUGCGGUCCCAGGUGUUUCAAUGCUAUCUUCGAGGAAGUGGACGAUGAAGAGAAGCUGACACAGGUGCAGGUCCCUGAUGGUCAGGGUGCUUACAGGCAGGUGGUGAGAUAUUACCAUGUUGGCCGCGGGCAGGGCGAUUUUGAACCGGUGCCAGAAACGAGUGGCACUGGCAUCGGCAUGUUGCCUGUGGCCGCCACUGUGGCCAGUCUCUUCCUUGUCCUGAUUCUUGCUGUUCCUGCGCUCUACCUAUUAGUGGGCUCUCACAAGGCACCAGAUGCCAAACGGCAGAGCAGCCUCUUCGUGGACUGUGACGAGCUAUUUCCGGAAGGAUCGCAGAGAGCUCACUACUGCUGCGAGCGCCAUGGGAGCAACUGCUACGGUAUCCAGGACUACGGCUCAGAUUUUUCUGAGAGGUUUGAUUGCUUUGAUGACAAGUGGCACGGUUGGUCGACUGAAAAAAAGGACUGGUGCUGUGAGAGAGAAGGGCGAGGUUGCGCGCAAUAUGAUUGUGAUGGCGAUGUGCAUUUUUGGGCUGCAGCUCAGAGCCAGUGGUGCUGCGAGAAUGCUCAAAUUUGUUCUCCUGCCUCCACUCCAGCCCCAAUGGCCCCAGUGGCCCAAGCGGGCCCAGUGGCCCCAGCCUCUCCCUGUGUGAGAUCUUGCAUCACAAGGGAUGAUGGCGAAGAGGUGAAGUCAACCUGCAUUGAUCGCAUCCAUUGGGCGAAGCGUAACUUUUUCGCCGGAAAGGACUCUGCGUGCGCUUUGGCCUACAGCCGGGUACAAGUUGACUGCGAUGUGUGCAGAGAUUGCUCCAUACAGGAAGCAGGUUGUCCGAUGGAGGUUCACUAGGUGCCUACAGUGCAAGGACAUGAAGGACAUGAAGGACUCAUCCCGGCCUCAUAGACAUAGAUCCACCUUGAAUCGUAGAAGCGGCGAAUGGGCUGCGAUUUGUGAGCAGAUUGUGGGAGCCAGACUUCCAAA